GCAAAAACCGGUACAAGACCACCGAGACCAGGGGUAGGGGAGGCGCAUAACCCCAACAAAAAGGAGGGAUCGACUUGCUGGGCUCUCACACUUGGGCAGAGUACAGUUCCUUCCUCCGGCGCAGCGCGAAGACGAAGGAAGCAGAGGACUAGAAAGGAGGAAGAGGAUUGAGCUGUUGGGGAGCGCCUCCUUGUCCCGGGAGUACUGUCCGAUGAGGAAAUUGUGCCCGAACCUGGAGCGCGAUGACGCGCUGGACACGGUGCUGGAGGUUCCCAUCCCCGAGGAGAUGUUCUCCGGCGGCGGCGGGUCCCGCGGGUCAAGGUUCGGCUGCACCAGCGUCAAGGCGUGGAUGCGGUCGCACGCCGCCGACCGGUCCGGCGCCGGGGAGCCCUGCUCCAUGAGCCGCGGCGAGCUGCAGCUCAUGCUCGGCGUCAUCGGCGCGCCGCUCAUCCCGCUCCCCGUCAGCCACGCCAAGCAGUCGCCCUCUUCGGUCCUUUGCGAACAGCUCAAGGGCGACCCCAUUGAAUCGUCGUCAGCCAAGUACAUCGUGCAGCAGUACAUAGCGGCGUCGGGCGGGGAGUGGGCGCUGAACAAGGUGAAGAGCAUGUACGCGAUGGGGAAGGUGAGGAUGACGGCGGCGGAGCUCAACAGCAGCGACGCGGACGGCAGUAAUAAUGGCGGCAGCGGUCACCGCGGCGGGAAGAAGGGCGGAAAGGGCGGGGCCGGCGGCGGCGGCGAGAUCGGCGGGUUCGUGCUGUGGCAGAAGAAGCCGGAGCUGUGGUGCCUGGAGCUCGUGGUGUCCGGCUGCAAGAUCAGCGCCGGCAGCGACGGCAAGGUCGCCUGGCGCCAGACGCCGUGGCACCAGUCCCACGCCUCCCGGGGCCCGCCGCGCCCGCUCCGACGGUCGCUCCAGGGGCUAGACCCGAUGCUGACGGCGAGCCUGUUCGCGGACGACUCGGUGUGCAUCGGCGAGCGGAGCAUCGAGGGCGAGGACUGCUUCGUGCUGAAAGUGGAGGCGGAGGCGUCGAGCCUGCGCGCGCGCAACAGCAGCAGCGUGGAGAUCAUCCGGCACACGGUGUGGGGCUACUUCAGCCAGCGGACGGGGCUGCUGGUGCAGCUGGAGGACUCGCACCUGCUGCAGAUCAAGUCCAGCGGCCACGGCAGCGUCUUCUGGGAGACCACCAUGGAGUCGCGCCUCGGGGACUACCGCGCCGUCGACGGCGUCAACAUCGCCCACGCGGGCCGCACCGCCGUCUCGCUCGUCCGUUUCGGGGACAGCCAGGACGGCAACACCAGGACGCGCAUGGAGGAGACGUGGAACAUCGAGGAGGUGGACUUCAACAUCUGGGGACUCUCCAUGGACUGCUUCCUGCCGCCCAGCGACCUCAGGGAAGGCAAGGACGGCCAGGACGUCGCCGCCGUCAAGCCCGCGCGCCCGCCGCCGUUGAGGAUCCCCGCCGUGGCAGUCCGGGUUGGCCCCUCGCAGGUGGCUGCCGUUAACCUCGACGAGUCAGACUCGCUAAUUGCGAGGUGAUCAUACGCGGAUCGGACACACGCAUACUAGACGCAUAGUACAUACAGUGUUGCGAUAUGAGGUGUGUGUUAGUGUUACUACCGUGCGUGUGUGCAUGGGGGGACACUCGUCGCUAUAAACUGCCUCUGGGUAAGAUCUGUAUAUAAGUUCCAGGUUGCGAUUUUUUUUCUUUCUUUUCUUCUCUUUUUUUUGAGGAGUGGAUAAAACCUCGGCUAGGAUUGGGGUCAGGAGUGAGCUAGUAGUGAGUAAUUCGGACUAGUAGAUAUCAUACUCGAUCUAAUUAUAGCUGUAUUGUAAUGAGCUUAAUGGCGCUCCGUCAAUGUAAAUUUGAAAGAAUCUUCCAAUCCUGCCCGGUCGCAUGAUAGA